AUGGUGUUGGUAGCACCAACAUAAAUUUGGGGUCACUGAGCUGUCAUUGGACUUCAAAAAGCCAUCAGAUUUUCUGAAGUGGCGAUUUUAAUGAGCAGAAGCCCAUCUUACCAAGGGUGGUGUUGGUAAAUGAGUAACACUUUGCUGAUCUUUUAAGUAAGAAAGUGGUCCUGAAUUAAAUUAGCUCAGUCUCAUUAUAGGCAGUAACGUAGAUAAACUGAAAUACUGCUUGUUCAUAAUUGUUUUGUGAGUUAAACAGCUUCUUUAAAUAAACUGUUCCUAAUCAGUGCCAUAUAACCAGAGUGGCUCAUAUAUGUCUUUGGUGGUUUUUUUUUGAUGCACAAAAUUUACUCUUGUGUCAUAUAAUGUAGUUUGAAUAAACAACAUUUUUAUAACAUGUGCAGCAUGUAUAUAGUUCACACAUUGUAAGAGUUGGUUAUCUGCGCAUUUGUUUGUUAUAUCAUGCAAAUGAGGCUUUGUGCAUUAAAUCCAUGAAGAGUAGACCCUUGUGUAUUCACCUGCUAGCCACCUGUGUUAUUGUUUUACCAAGCCUCGGGCAUAGAAAUUUUAUUUCUUAAAUUCCAAAAGACGGUGUCUGCCAUGGGGAAUGGCGCCAUGUUAUUGUAAGUGUUUCUGCUUGGCAAGGUGUACGUGCGUUGAAUAGUCAGUGGAGCGAGAGAGAAAGGACACUCCAUAAGUGUAUUUGAAUGAAUUGAAAGGGCUGUAUAAUUGAAUUUUAUAUAUCAGUGACCAUUUGCUACAUGUUAUCAUAGGUACUUCAAAACAGAUGGGUUCUCUGUUACACGUUCAUGUAAGCGUAUACUUGCUAGUGUGUUCAUUCACAAAUACCAUAUAUAAGUAGUGUUGGGAAGGGAAUACAUAUCUGCAUUCAAUAUUGAAUGAAUCAGUGCUGCUCGAUAUUACAAUAUGCGAAGAAAACACGCCGAAGAAGUGUGUUUUGUUACAUAAUCAACCAACCAGGAUGACAUUUACUUUCAAGCCAAAUUUUCCAGGUUUCAUAUUCCAGCAGUUCUAUAGAGCAAUGGAACGUUGCUAUAGAAAUUCCGUUAUUCCACGUUAACGCCCUUUUACUCCAGGCCAAUAAAAAGGUUUAGCACACCAAUGAAACGUAAUUUUUUCUUCGUGUGUCCCCACACUGUAAACGUAUACGUAACGAUCAGUGAGCUUAUAAGAACUGCUCUUCGUCACAUGGAUGUGUAAUGUACACAAAGAUGCAAGCAGCGGACAUUGGUACAAGAAGUAAAGUAACGGAGUAACGGAUGUGAGCUACAGGAAACUAACUAAUUCUCAGCAGUCGACUGGAAAGGGAAAAGGGAGUGAAUCUCGGAGUCUCCAUCUGUGCCUCAUUAAAACAGUGCAACGGAAUAAUGUUACCCUUGUGAUGGGAAAGGUGUCGGCAGGAUGCUCAGGACUCCGCGAUUGAAACGCCGCAUGCCCAUCUGCAUGGCCAUGGAAGCUCUGCGUCCUUGUCGGGGUCACAUGGCUCUGCUGGCCACCCUCUGCCUUUUGUUGGCAGUUACGGUGAUGGCUCAAGAGAGAGUGCACACGAGCCCUCCCCUCCUGUACGACAGACCCUUCCUGGUCAUCUGGAAUAUCCCCUCGGAGCAGUGUAAGUCACGCUUCAGCGUAGACCUGGACCUCAGCAUGUUCGACAUGUACUCGACCCCAAACGAGGGAUUCUACGGGCAAAACGUCACCAUCUUCUACACCGACCGGCUCGGCGUGUACCCCUACAUCACGGACGACGGGGAAACCAUCUUUGGCGGGCUCCCGCAGAACGCGAGCAUCACGCAGCACCUGGACAAGGCCCUGGUCGACAUCGAGAAGUACAUCCCCAUGGACCAGACGGGCCGCUUGGCCAUCAUCGACUGGGAGAUGUGGCGGCCUCAGUGGGUGCGCAACUGGGACAAGAAGGACGUGUACCGGCAGAGGUCGCGCGACCUCGUGCGCCUCAAGCACCCCAAUUGGACGGACGCCAUGAUUAGCCAGCAGGCGCAGUGGGAGUUCGAGACGGCGGCCCAGCAGUUCAUGGUGGAGACCCUACAGCUGGGCAAGAACCUGCGGCCGGAAGUGCUGUGGGGUUUCUACCUCUUCCCGGACUGCUACAACCACGACUACAAGGACAGCGAGGACAAGUACACGGGCGUGUGUCCCGACGUGGAGCUGUUGCGCAACAACGACCUGGACUGGCUGUGGAAUGCCAGCACGGUGCUCUUCCCCUCCAUCUACAUGCCCAAAGCGCUCGAGUCCACCGCCAACGGGCGCAAGUUUGUGCGCUACCGCGUGAUGGAGGCCAUGCGGGUCUCCACCAGGCCGGAUCCGUACAACUCCCUUCCCAUCUACGUGUACUCGCAGUUGGUUUACAUCAACUCCGAUAACAACACGAUGGUGGACUAUAAGUCGGAGGUGGAUCUAAUCCAGAGCAUUGGGGAGAGUGCAGCUAUGGGGGCUGCAGGCGUUGUGUUGUGGGGUGACAAGAGGUAUUCACAGUCAAAGACGCGCUGCACGCAACUGCAGGAGUACAUUAUGUCCACGGUGGGGCUGUACACGGUGAACGUGACUGCGGCUGCCACGUGGUGCAGCCGAGCACUCUGCGGCUCCCAGGGCCGCUGCAAGCGCAUCUACAACGAGUCCGACGCCUACCUGCACCUCAACGCCAACAGCUUCAGCAUCCAGCGCAAUCGCCCGCCCCAAAAGGGGUUCACCGUCUCGGGAAGGAUGUCGCGUGCCGACGUGCUGAAGCUGCAGGCAGACUUCAUGUGUCAGUGCUACACCGGCUGGAAAGGGCGGUACUGCGACGAGAAGGGAUCGUACUCCAGCUCGCCCAGACUGCCCGCAAUGCCGUGUGCUUUGCUUGGAGUGAUCGCCACAUUCCUUGUCUUGGCAGUACCCGCACUUUGAGAGAGAGGGACUACGCGUGCUAACAUUGCUUUCAACGCAGGACGAUGUUCCCACGCUCGCAUUCACAUAGACAGGAGGAACCGUGAUCUCGUUGCACGCUGAAUCUGUUAGCUAUGAGCUCCCGCUUCGCAGCACAUUGGACAAAGUGGUGUCUAAAGAUCAGCUCGGUUUUCUUCAAUAUCUCAGAAGCAAGCGUGUUGGAGUGUCCGUCCAACUUGAGGAUUCUUACAAACGUGCGUAGAUGGAAUUGACUUUUGAGUUGUUGCGCUGCUUCAGUCAUGAAUGCAUAUUAAACAGUGGUAAAUUAUAUAACAUUAUACUGCAAUGACAACACCCUCCUAUUAUUCAAUAGGCAAAGUCCAGAUCAUCACCAUCAUUAUCAUGUACAUGGGUUUUACCUACUGCCUGAGGUGGCAAACAUCACAGGUACAGUUUUUUUUGUAUAUGGCCAAUAAAGUUUAUGUAUGUGUUAACUUAGUCAUUUAAAUUGGUUAUAAAAAAUGGUUCACCUGUACUGACCAUAUAAGUACUCGGUACCACGAAAGAUUUACCACGUCAGGUGGUAAUGGUUUCUUCUCUAGAAACAAAGACUACAUUUUUCACCCCCCCCCCCCGUCUGAUUUAUAUAUACAAUCCCAUAUCCAUUUGUGUGCUGGCUUGGAGUGUAACCCAUGUAAUCUGUAUACAUAGUCGUAAAUAAUUCUGCCUAACGUGAAAAUAGAUUGUCCGUAGGGGGUUUUCAAUGCAGUCGGCUGAAGUGAAACAGGUUUUCACAAAUGUUUGAAGGUGGGCUAGACCCCUCCCGUUUAUUUGGGUUGUACAUUUAUUUCGUGAACCAGACGCAACGGAUGCAAGUCUUUAUCAUCUUUAGUGUGGCGCCCUCCGCUGGUUUAAGUUGUUAGUGACGUUUAUUUUAUUUGGCGUGCCACGAUGAAUCACUAAAAUCGAUAGUUACGAUAUAUGCUAAAGCUUGCGCAUGAGAAUUGAUUGAUUAUGUAUGCAAGUAAUAUGCAAAUUAUAGACCUAUUUUCCAUUUAGGCUAAUGGAGUAGGCACAACUGCAUUUAAGAUAUGAAAUUACCAAUGAGGCAGUAAUAAACGAUAUUGAGUAUUGAAUUACAAUUAUGUCCCUGCAUCUUGACUUUUGAAAUGCUUUCCCUGGGGGAGAAUUGCCUCAUGUCUAAUUAUCAAUAUUAGACAUAUAACGCUCAGCUCGCAAGCGAUUCGAUGUUACAUCAGGAUUCCUGGUCACCGUGCGAUUCAAGUGUUGAUUAUGUUUGUAUGUUAGGCUGUUUAAUUGUUUCUCAAGUCUUCUGUGCAGUUGUGUAAAAUAUUUGCUCCGUUAACUUAUUCUAACAUGGGCAUAUAGUUUUCUUAAAUAAAUAACAGUGGAUUGUUACCUAUUGAUAACAAUUGUAAUAAAAACAAAACAUGUAAAAAUAUGACAAUGUUUAACUACUGCUAAGUUAAAAAAGGCUACGGUUAUGUACAUGUGGCCAACCUUCUAGUUGUAUGAAAAUGAUAAUUGUGAUGGUGCACGUGUGUGGAUGCACAAGUCAAACUGUUUAACAGUUCCGUUGAAUCUUCAGCCACCGUAUAUGCAGAGUGCAGCUCCCGAUUGUAGUCUUAUCAAUGUAGUCAUUUCAUAAUACUCGGUCUAUACGAUGCUAGAACAGUGUGGUCAUACUUGUAUACCGCUAUAGAAACCGAUCUGUGCAAUAGGCUAUAAUAUUUUUUGUUAACUUCAGAACUGUUAUUUUCACUUUGGAGAAAUGUUACCACAAUUGUGUUGCAGCUGCCUGUACUAACAUUUAAUACUGCCACUGCUGUAUAAUAUUGAACGCAUUAGUUUUACAAAUCACCGAUACAUUUUGUUGUUAGCACGUCGUGUGUCGCAGCAGCAGCAGCCCCUUGAUGCCUUUACAAAAUGAAGAACGUGUGUCAUGAGUACAAAGGGGUUGGUGGGGGGAUGUUUACAUGUGUAAAGCUGGCGAUUGCAUGCAUCUUGAAAAGUAACGAUAGUCAAGUGUUGCUCGGGCUGCUGCCAAAUAAUCUGCCCAAACUAUUAACUCUGACAUUGAAUAUCAGCAAUCUAGAUGUUAACACAUGGGUUUUAUGGCCAACAUGCAUCAUCGUUGAUUUUUUUUUUAGAUGAGCCACGUGAUUAUCUGGCCAGAUUUGCGUCGUUAAGACCCUCCACUGCCCCGACAGACAAACAAAUGACACAUUGUGAGCAGCAGCAUUGUUUAGUUUUAUUUUACAGCAUGUCUGAAGUAAAUUAACAAUGUUUUAUCAGUGAUUGAUAAGUACAUUUCGUUUAUUGGCAACUGAAAAACAUUUUGAGCCAACCUGCACACUGGAGGUUAAUAUUAACUGUCAUUGUUUGUGUAAUUUAUAUUUCUGGGGGGGGGGGGUUAACUCCACGUACAUAGGAUUUUUUUUAUUGAACUAUACCACAAAUACAACAUCGUGCUUAACAAGCAGUGCAAAUCAUAUUUGAAUGGAUGUAGUGUUACAGCGAUCACUUUAGACUUGCAAGAUUUCAGAAGGCUAUAAAGUUAGUUGGGUGUGUUAGUAUUUCGUUUCACACCAUUAGCGUUUGCUUGUAUUAUGUAAUGGGUGGCUGUGUAUGCAUUACUGUAAUGUUCCAUCAAAACCAAGGCCAGCAUAUUUUAGUUAUGUAUAAUUAAAAUUACUGGGGUGGAACGAGGGGGGGCACAGUCAUCAGCGCAUUUCGCUAUCAGCCUGUCGACCCUCGGUCGAUUCCCAGCCAUGGCUAACAUCAGUGGGCAAGUGAUCUCUAAACCAAACCUAGGCAGCCCCCUUCAUCAAGCCUCACUGACCAGUGUGAAGUAUGGUCAAGCAAUCUGCAUGGCCAUCAUGGUGUGCGGAAGCCAUCCGGCAGUGGAUUUAAGUUAGGUUGUAAGAUUUUUUUUAAAGGUUAAGUUUGCAUAAAGAGAUCAGAUUGCAUUGGAGUCGUCAGAAAUAUGGAUAAGGCAUUUAACUUAUCCAUACUGAUAAUACAAGUCUGUGACUUGUAAAAGUUGGUUUCUUAUGUCGUUUAAAGUUAUUCAGAGUCGGGAAAAAUGUUGAAAAAAAUAUUUUUCAUUCAUAUAGUAGUAAAAAAACCAUAUCAAAAAGCUGUUGGAUAAAUGACUGCUCCUGUGGGUUUGUGUCGAUUGCUUUGUUAAAAAGAAAGUAGUUCGGUUUUGAAUAUAUACUGUGCUGAAUAGCUUUAGAAUAUGCCUGUGGAAUAAUGACUUGGAGGUCUGACCCUAACUCGGUAUACAGCUGAUGUUUGCACUAGGGUUGACAGUUAAAUACAGAUGGAGUUAUGACUGCAUUGGUAACUUUUGUUUGGAAUGUAUUGUUGGCGUUUUUUUUAAAUAUCAGUAGUUUGACUCAGCUAUUGAGCCACGUUCUGUUAAAAAAACAAAGGGCAUGAUUUUGAGUGCACAUUUGUCGAAUACAUGGGUCAGUCCAUAGUAUCGUGAUCAGAGGUAACUGUCGAUAUUAAAACACACUGCAUGGAAAUGCAUCAGCGACGCAAGUAUAUUUUUUCUAAUGCUGUAUUGUAUAUUGAAUUAAGACAACAGUAUUUGCCGUGUCUCGUACAUUACAAAAAGUCACGAUUCCAUCUUAUUUGGACUAAAAAAAAUAUUCUGAAUGUGGAGAUGUAACGGAGAUCUGCUGAUAUGUGCUUCUAACCAUACUCCUCCAUAAGCACGCAUGCAUUUGUAAGCAAUAUUGGUAUUUGUGUUGUACAGGGCCCCAUCGUUUAGCUGGAGUUCUCUUGACAAUAAAAUCUAGUAAUCCUGCAGAAUUUGUUUAACACGCUGGACUGCUGAUGAGACCUAGAACGUCUAAACCAAGUCAAGAGGUUUAUUCUAACAAAUGCCAUUGGAUAAUGUGCAUUUUGAAAGCCAGUAGGUUUGUGGAAUAAAAAAAAAAGGUAUGUGGAAACACG